AUUUAAAAAUACCCAACAAAUAGUUAAUGCAUUGAGGAUGCCUGUUGCCGUUCGUUUGGUGGAAGCCUUGGCCUUAGUCACACUGAUGGCUCUCAUAACUUGUGUCUCCCUUGGAGUUGUCAUUGCACAGCGGACGUUAAGUCUUACCAUAACAUUCAUUGAGCCGGCAGCAAACAUUCUCGAUGUGGUGCUGAUCAUGGCCGAGAAAAUGCUUGUGGGUGCACUUGUAUGCACCGUCACAUUAAUCAACACUGUGAGCAGUGCCUUGCAUAUGAUUGGAAUCUCCUGACGAGUCAGCCGAAUGUGUAAGACUCUUAGCUGAUCUGUUUGUACCUAUAAUAAAUGGGUUGCAUGUCGAGAUGUUGCAUGUUGAGUUGCUCAAUGUGAUAAACAAAUAAAUAUCUUAACAUUUUGUGGAU